ACACACCCGCUGAACCUGCCGCCGGACGAACUGCGCCGUUUGAGUGCGCUGUCCGUCAUGAGUUCGCCGCGCGAGAGGGACAGUGGAGGCGUCCCUGUCACAUCAGAGCCCAUGGAGACCACGCCAGCUCCAGAGACGCCGCCGCCUGCCUCAGCCUCGACCUCCACGCCUGGUGCCUUCCCCAGCAACAGCAGCGCCAGCGCCGCCAAUGGGGUGAACGGCGAGAACCAUAUGGACGAUCACGACCACGAGCAGAGACCCACCCCGCCUCCGCAUCGCACGCCCGCCAGUCCGCCGCCACAGCCUGAAAUUCGACCAGAGGAGGCCGAGAAGUUCAAGGCGGAGGGCAACAAAUUCUACAAGGCCGGCAAGUAUGCUGCUGCCAUUGAUGAGUACAGCAAGGCCAUUGAGGCCAACCCGACAUCAGCCACUUACCUUUCGAACCGAGCUGCCGCAUACAUGGCGGCCAACAAAUACCCCGAAGCGUUGGAAGAUUGCAAGCGAGCCGACGAGUUAGAGCCGGAUAACCCAAAAAUAUUGCACAGACUUGCAAAGGUACACACAGCGCUCGGCCGCCCGCAGGAAGCUCUCGAUACCUACGACCGCAUCCAACCUGCGGCUACAGCCAAGGACAAGGCUCCUGCGGUGAGCAUGAAGAAGCACUUGGAAGAGGCACAGGACAGUAUCAAGAAUAGCACAAGUGGGUCCAUGGUGAACUUUGCGCUGGAUCAGGCUGAGAAGGCUCUUGGCUCUAGCGUUCAGCCUCCGCGGAAAUGGCGACUGAUGAGAGGUGAGGCAUACUUGAAAAUGGGUACCGUAAACAGCCUCGGAGAUGCUCAAAACGUGGCGAUGUCUCUAUUACGGCAGAACAGUGCCGAUCCGGAAGCUUUGGUGCUGAGAGGACGAGCGCUCUAUGGUCAAGGAGAUAACGAGAAAGCGAUACAGCAUUUCCGGCAGGCCAUCUCCUGUGACCCUGAUUACAAGGAUGCUGUUAAGUGGCUACGGACGGUACAAAAGCUGGACAAGAUGAAAGAGGAAGGUAAUACCAAUUUCAAGACCGGCAGGUACCAGCAGGCUGUGGAAGUCUACACAAAAGCCCUCGAAGUUGAUCCGUCGAACAAAGGCACGAACUCGAAAAUCCUCAACAACAGAGCUAUGUGCUACAGCAGGCUAAAGCAGUGGCAGCAGGCUAUACAAGACUGUGACAGAGCUCUUCAGCUGGACCCGAGUUAUGUCAAGGCCCAGAAGACGCGCGCUAAAGCAUUGGGCGAAAGCGGCGACUGGGACGAAGCCGUCCGUGCAUACAAGAACAUUGCCGAGCAACAUCCAGAGGAGCCAGGCAUUGCGAAGGAAGUUCGCAAUGCAGAAUUAGAGCUGAAGAAGAGUAAGCGAAAAGAUUACUACAAGAUUCUCGGAAUCGAGAAAGACUGCACCGACAACGAGAUCAAGAAGGCCUACCGGAAACUUGCCGUCAUCCACCACCCAGACAAGAACCCGGACGAUCCAGAAGCGGAGAACCGGUUCAAAGAGAUUCAGGAGGCUCACGAGACCCUGAUCGAUCCUCAAAAACGCCAAAGAUACGACAGUGGUGUCGAUCUGAUGGAAGAUGGCGGAAUGGGCGGAUUCCCAGGCGGUAUGGGUGGUGGCUUCGGCGGUGGUGGGGUCCAGAUAGACCCCGAGAUGCUCUUCAACAUGAUGGGAGGCGGCGGCGGGGGUUUCAGAUUUGCUGGUGGCUCGCCCUUUGGCGGUGGUGGUAUGGGAGGUGGCCAGAGAGGUGGAUACUCG